UCACCAUAGGUCGAAGCCAGUUUGUAAAGGGAAAAGUGGAAGCUAGCUAGGGUUUAACGUCGACGGCGAAGGCGACCAGGGCGAUGUCGUCGGCGAAAGCCCUUGCGCGUGCGGGUUCCUCCCUCCUUGGCCGUCUCCUUGCGUCACCAGCCCCGUCGUCUCUUCUGCGCCCCGGGCUCCCCCCUCCGUCCCUGCUCGCCAGGCUCCAGCCGCACGUCCCGCCAGCGGGGGCGUCGGUGGACGCCCACGACGCGGAUGCGGUCGCGAGGCUGACGUCGCUCCCCGGCGAGAUCUCCUUCCCCUGCGGCCUCCCCUCGCUCCGGUUCCUCAUUGACGACGGAAAAGAUCCUGUUGCUAAUGAACCUCUUGAGUUACUUCCUAAGAGAACUUACCAGCCCAGUACGAUCAAGCGGAAAAGAACCCAUGGGUUUCGUGCACGUAAAGCAACCACUGGUGGGCGUAAGGUGAUCGCCCGGAGAAUCGCCAAAGGCAGACACAAAAUUUCAUGGUAAUGAAAAUCCAUGAAUGCUCUGGGAGUUUUACUGCAGCUUGGAGUCAUCCGUGGUAUGAACAUCUUGGAGCUUACAAUAUCUGCAUCCUCACCUCCAAGGCAUAGUCAGAGCAGAAUCAGAGACUAUAUCUAAAUUUCUUUACGAAACGAACGUUCAUUCCACUUAAUAAACAUGGCCAAGGGUUUGCCCGUCCAUGGUUUACUGCGCUUGGGGCUAAGUAGCACACAUGGAUAGUUGUUGGCCCUCUGUCUUGUAUCUCCAUGUUGUCUUUACUGUCUGUGGUACUCUCCCUGAGGUUAUUUCUGACCAUGCCUUUCAGCUUUUGAAACUUUGUUAUGGGAUUCUAGUACUAUAGUACUGAGUGAGAUACGGUUACCAGCCUGA